GUCUAAAGUCGAUAUUUCCGACGGCACAUGAACGCAGCUCCAGUUCGAAAAGUAUGGCGGUGGAGAGCUUCAUCACCCUGACAGAGCAGGGGAUACGGGAGAGACUGCAGCUCCAACACCCCUACCUCGGAGAUGUCAGGUCACUAAGCCUUCCGGGAACACAUGAGAAGAUAAGACAUCUCGGGAGAGCACUGAGUAACUUCACACGGUUGAAGCACCUGGAUCUCUCCUAUAAUGCUCUGGUCAAUGUGGAGGGGCUGCAGCACCUGAAGAGGCUGGAGAGGCUGAGCCUGUACUACAACUGCAUCCCCUCCAUCGAAGAGGUCAAAGUGCUCUUCCAGCUGCCGGCUUUGAGGGAGCUGGACCUCAGGCUCAACCCUCUGACCAAAACAGACCCACACUACCGUCCCUACCUGGUGCAUGCUAUGCCUAGCUUACGCAAACUAGAUAGCUACCCGGUUAGAGACACGGAGCGGAAAGUUGCCGUAAUGCAGUUCUCCCCUGAAGUUGUGCCCCAGCAGAGGAGCCAUUCUCUGAAUCGGGCAAUUAACCAGAGAAGCAGUGAUCAGAGACUGGCUUCAGUCGACCGCUUAACGAAGAGGUUUUGUCUCCUCGAUGACACUGAUGAUAAUGUGUUGAACUUUGUUGCUGAGAGGAAUGGAGGCCAAAGUGAAACUCAGUCCCUCUCUGACUCAUCCUACAAGGAAACUGAGUCACAGUUUAUCAGUCGACGGCAAGAGCCUGGGGAGGAUGAGUCAAAACAUGUAUCAGACCCGGAGAGUUACACUCAGAAACAGGAAUCUGCUAAAUCCAUCCUCAGGCAAACCCACACCAAAUAUCCAGAUAAUACCCAGUCCAAAGUGCCACAAAUGAAACAGACAUCUGAGAAAAACAAAUCUACUUCAUUAAAAGUGUCUGAAAGACCAAAGGUGUCCUUUGGCCCCUACGUAGAGAAACACAGAUCUGUCCCUGGAAGACUAAAGCAGGACGGCCCGAAACAAAUCAGAUUUGCAGCGAAAGGAUAUUUUACACCUAAUCCUGAUCAAGAUCACCAUCAUAGCUCUCCAUUACUGAACAUUCGCCCCCCCAGUCCAAGAAAUCCCGGUUUGAAUCUUUCUGACCCCUCCAACCCCAUCCUCCAUCCCCCAAGACUCUCCUACUCGAGCUUCAACAGAACAGGGGGCUUCAGCCAGCCACAAAAAGCUGAGCAGAAAAAACGAGGCAGUUAUAGAAAACCACUGGAGAUGCUCCUCAACCUCGUGGACAAACAUUGGACAGGAGAGAGGUCGCUCCAUCAAAACAACAACUUCCUGUCUCAGGCGGUUCAGAUCCUCUCCAUGAUGGAAAGUGAUAUCUGCAGUCAAGAGGCUGAGUUCAGGACCUUGAAAAAGGAAGCUGAGGCACUGAAGCAUCAAGCAACCACACAGGACGAAAGGCAUAAAAUAGAGGUCCAUCGUCUCUCCUCUCAGCUGGAGGAGGCUCACGGCACAGUCGGCAAAUUGAAUGAGCAGCUGAGGAUUGUCUUGGAGGAGAAUGUCACUCUGCAGAAGCAGCUGAUCAAGUUAGAGCAACAGUAUCUCAAGUCCAUGAUGAAAACCUCACCUAUGGCUCAGAUUAAGGAGGCACAGACAGAGGUGGAGGAGCUGAGGAAGGAGAUAGAGGGGCUGAGGGAGAAAGUGUUUGAGGCAGAGAAGGUGAAAGAAUUGGCAAAUAUGCUGCAAGAAAGCCACAGAUCCCUGAUGGCAACCAACGAGUGCUUGCUGGGUGAACUGAAGCGAAGUGGGGAACAACGCUGACAACUGAGCGCAGAUAGAAGAUGGCACAAAAUACAAAGCAGCACAGCCGACCUUUGCUGAGUGUCGUCAGCAUCGCAAUAAUUGCAUGAGCUCCAGCAAUUACAAAUGGUUGUUUUCACUCUUUUAUUUCACAUAAUUGACCUUAACUUGUACCCUCUGCCUCCGACCCUCUUGUGUCAGAUUUACAUGCUAUCAUGAUUGUUAUUUUACUCUGAGUUAUUGCUGUGUACAUUUUUUUUUUUAAUUUAUUAAGUUUGAAGUCAUGUUGAAAAAUGCAGUGUUUAUUAUUUCAAUGAUAUGCGUGCACUCUGUUUGCCUGGUGAUGUAAACAGUGUGGGGGGAAGGGCAAUUCAUUCAAGAAAUUGUGUUUAUGGCUGUGUGGCAGGGCUGUUAUGUUAACAAAUGAUUUUUGGGGAGGAAAUGUUAAUGACAGGGACACAGUGUAUUCCCUAGCUCAGUGGUCAGAUAAUGUCUGUCCAGGCUGUGUUUUUUUUUUUUUUUUUUUUUUUUUUUUUUUUUUUUUGGAGGUCAGUUGUGUCUCCAUCUGCCUCACAUGCUGCAGUGGAAUGAAUGCAUCCAGAUUCCAGCUGCACCAUGACUUUAUUUAUACCUCUGCCUCAGGGCUGGACAGCUACACACACAUAUUCCCAUAGACAGACACUCCAUGUUAAUACAACAACAGCACAAAUAAGGCUAGGAUGUGCAUUGUGGGGAAACUGGAAGUUUGUGAAUUUUUUGUUUGUUUUGUUAUGGGGCAGCUACUGAGAAGUUUACCUGUGCUUCUGGUCAAAUCUAGGAGAAUAUAUACAUAUAUGUAUAUUUUAAAAAAAUGCAGGCGCAAGGUUUUGAUUGGCAUCCUUUACCCACCCAACAGAGGCUCUGGGGUGUUUUUUGUUUUAUUUUCAAUAAUGCACUACAAAUCAUGAACACACAUUAAAAGGUCUAAAGAACAAGAACGAAAACACACUGCAUGCACCAGGGCACAAUAGUACAUUAAAAGUUAUUUG